CUUGGAGGAGGUGGCUGUGUAUUUCACCAAGGAGAGUGGGCUCUGCUGGACCCUGCUCAGAGAGCCCUCUACAGAGACAUCAUGCAGGAGAAUUAUGGGAAUGUGACCUCGCUGGGGUUUCCAGUUUCCAAACCCGAUGUGAUCUCCCAACUGGAACGAAAGGAUGAGCCGUGGGUCUCAGAGCUCCAUGCUUCUGAAGAAAGAGAGAUCCCGAAAGGUGCCUGCACAGGUGAGGGGAUAAUGAAUGAGAAAAAGGAGCCGAAUCUUCAGCCAGAAGUGGCUGAGCAAGUGGAACUGCAUGUGGUAUUAAUGCAAAGAUCCCAGUUGAUUGUGUCCAGGAGUCAUGAGCAGGGAAAAGCCUGUAAGAGUCAGCACAGACCAGAGAGGCAGCAGGGAACCCAGCCAGGGUGGGAAAUGGGUAACUCCAUUAAUUACUGGGAAGUUUACAAAGACUGCAAGGAAACCAGAGCCCAGAAGAGAAUCUCCCUGGGAGACAGAAACAACACAUGCACUGAGUGUGGGAAAAGUUUCAGUAGUCACUCACACCUUACUAAACAUGAGAGAAUCCACACUGGAGCCAGGCCCUAUGGAUGCUGUGAGUGUGGGAAAAGCUUCACUCUGAGCUCACACCUUAUUAUACAUCAGCGAAUCCACACAGGAGACAGGCCCUAUGAAUGUCGUGAAUGUGGCAAAAGCUUCACUGACAGUUCAACCCUUAUUAGACAUGAGAGGGUCCACACCGGAGAGAGACCCUAUGAAUGCUGUGAGUGUGGGAAAAGCUUCACUCAGAGCUCAGCCCUUGUCACACAUCAGAGAAUCCACACAGGCGAGAGACCUUAUGAAUGCUGUGAGUGUGGGAAAAACUUCCGUCAAAGCUCAGCCCUUACUGCACAUCAGAGAAUCCACAAAGAAGACAAACACCAUUAAAACCUUC